UGGGGGAGGGGAAGGGAGGGUGGGUUUGUGUUUGUGUUUGUAUAUCUCCGAAGCUGCGGGAACAGCCCACCAAAUUUAUGAUGCUUCCUCUUUCUUCCUCCUUGUCCUCCUUCCUUUCUCUUGUUUACCAUUAGGGUUUCUGCUUCUUACCUCCCCCGCUCAGCCAUGCCGACCUUUACUGCAAUAGCGUUUGAUAGAUUGAUAGAGCCUAGAGCUUCUAAAUCAGUCGAUAAAUCUGCCCCUUCGUCCAUGCCUGUUCCCAACUCAAAGCUGGAGAGGAGAAGCAGCGCGCCGCCUGCCACAAUAAAGAAGGCUUCUCGUCCCCCAUUAAAACCAGCCCUCUAUGCCACUCCUGAGGUGACACCAGUUCCAGAUUCACCCUCAUCAUUCCCACCUUCUCCUUACGUUGUCAAUCACAAACGCCGAGGGCCACGGCUUCUCAAGAGUUUUUCUGAGGCCAACGUAUUACAGCAGAAAAUUGCAGAUGAUGAAAAGGAUGAUGGUCUACAAAAGACAUCAGAUACCGUGGUUGUUAGCUCAGCUGGUGACCUGCAAGUCACUUUCUCACAUCCUGAACCUGUCAAGGAGGAGCGAACUAAUGGUUUUCAUGACAGUGCGCCUAGAAGCAUCAUUAUUGGUGACCUCUGCACUGGAUACAGGGAAGCUGGAAGUAGUAGCAAUACAAGUAGGUCACUCAAGGAAAGUAAUAUGUCAAAGGUGGUGGCAAAUAAUUCUGAAAGAGAUGCAGAGGGUGAAGACUUCUUUGAUCCACAAGACUCAAUGAGUUACACUAGUAACACAGAUGGAGAAGAUAAUACUGGGGCUGAACACUCUGUAAAGACCCCUACUCCUCAAGGGGAAUUUUUUGAUGCUUGGGAAGAACUAUCUGAAGGCGGGCCUCAAAGUUCUCCUUCUCCAUAUAAUGCCGAAGCUGAAUUGCGUGAAAUGAGGUUGAGUCUGUUGAUGGAGAUAGAAAAGCGGAAGCAAGCUGAAGAAUCCCUGAACAGCAUGAGAAGCCAAUGGGAGAGUGUCAGACAAAGGUUGUCUCAUGUGGGCAUAGUCCUUCCUGCUGGUAUUAUAUCUGUUGCUGAGGGACAACAGAUGAAUUCUGAUCCUGUGGGAGAUCUUUGUGAACAAGUUAAUGUUGCUAGGUUUGUGUCAGACGCCAUUGGGAGGGGUAUUGCUAGGGCUGAGGUGGAGUCAGAGAUGGAAGCUCAAAUAGCUUCUAAAAACUUUGAAAUAGCUCGUUUGUUGGAACGUCUCCAUUUUUAUGAGAUGGUGAAUCAAGAAAUGUCACAGAGGAACCAAGAAGCAGUAGAGAUGGCAAGGCGUGAGAGGCAAAGGAGAAGUCAUAGGCAGAGAUGGAUUUGGGGUACUAUUACUACUGCUGUUGUGCUUGGUGCUGCCACUAUAGCGUGGUCUUAUGUUCCAGUGGGAAAAUCGUCUUCUACGCACCAUGAUCAGGUUUCUGAACAUGGGGAUGCAGCCAAGUAAUAUACAGUGUCAAUACUAACUGUAGCGCCUUUUGAUGUUAGGAGAGGAGAAUAAAACGAAUACCUGCCACAGUGUGGUUAACUUUUAUAGAUGCAAUUUUCCGCAUCUCGAGCGUUUGCAUCUAGCAUGUAAGUAGGGCCUGGCACAGAAUAUCUAGGUGAUAUGUACUGCAGUGGCUCAGUUCAUGUUGAGAUUUUCUGUAACUCGUGCAUUUCUGCCAGCGAUAGAUUUGUGCUUGCGAUA